CUGGCUUUCCACAACUAGACGUUUAAAAGACCCCGGAUCACUCUCUGGACUGACCAGUGUCUACACAAGCCAGAACACUGCAGGACACUGAAGACCCUGAGCUGCUGCACUUGGCAGCUCCAAAACAAUGGCACAGUGCACGCCGGAUGCCAAUCCCACCAAGGUGGUCCAGAAUCCAAAGGCAGACGUUAAGGACUUGAGUGAAGUUUCAGCUGAGUCUGCAUCAGCAGCGGUCAGAACCAGACCUGCAGACCUGGGGCUGAUUCGAAGUUUGUCCAAGUCGGACUCUGACUUGCUUGCUUCACCAGUCGGAGAAGAGGAUGGAGGUCUGGCCGGCCGCAGUGGAUCUGUGUCUAACUGCAGCUCUGGGCAGCCAUCCAUGGAACGCAUGCCGUCCUUUGCCUCUGAGUGGGAUGAGAUUGAGAAGAUCAUGAACUUGAUUGGAGCAGGCAUUGCAACAUCCAAAAGCAAACAGCCCACACCAAGCUCAGAUGGGGCCUGUGGUAAAGCCCUGGACCAGCCGGUGGGAGAGUGGCUGGAGCACGUGGGGCUGCCGCAGUACGAGAGCAAGUUCCUGCUCAAUGGCUUCGACGACCUACGAUUCAUGGGAAGUAACGUGAUGGAGGACCAGGAUCUCAGAGACAUUGGGAUCACAGACCCAGGACAUAGAAAGAAAAUCCUCCAUGCGGCACGUGGCUUGCCAAAGGUAAAAGCACUGGGCUGUGAUGGGAGCACAUCUCUCUCCUCCUGGCUUGAUGGCCUUGGCCUGCAUGAAUAUCUGCCCAACUUUCUUUCAAGUGGCUACCGCACACUGGAGUGUGUUAAGAACCUGUGGGAGCUGGAGAUCGUCAAUGUUAUUAAGAUUGGUCCGCUGGGCCACAGGAAGAGGAUCAUUGCCUCUCUAGCAGAGAGACCAUAUGAAGAGGCUCCGACUAAGUCACGUCGUCUGUCCCCAAUUAUGUUCCAUGACCUCCUGUCCCAGACCACAUCUCCCCUCAGUCAGAUGGACCCCUACACCAGUCGCUCCAUGGACAUGCUCCUGCCUCUGACUGAGUCAGACCGGAGGCGGAGAGGAGCCGACCAAGACUGUAGUGUAUCUCUGCGUUCCUAUAGUGAGAGGCCGCGAUCUAGCGAACGACACAAAGACUCUCGUUUAAACCUCCGGCCACCAAGCCACUCUGCUACCUACGCCACGGUGUCCGCCUGGCAUCACCAGCCUGAGAAACUCAUCCUGGACUCCUGUGGGUACGAGGCGACUUACCUAGGAUCAAUGAUAAUCAGGGAUCUACGAGGGAUUGAGUCCACACAAGAUGCCUGUGCUAAAAUUAGGAAAUCAAAGGAUUCAAGAAAGGGUCCGGUUGUCAUACUCUCCAUUACCUACAGAGGGGUCAAGUUCAUUGAUGCAGCCACAAAGACCAUAGUCGCAGAACAUGAGAUCAGAAAUAUCUCGUGCGCUGCCCAAGACCCAGAUGACCUCUGCACUUUUGCUUACAUCACCAAGGAUCUGAAGAGUGGCCACCAUUUCUGUCAUGUCUUCAGCACUGUAGAAGUGACACAGACCUACGAGAUCAUCCUGACACUGGGACAGGCGUUCGAGGUGGCCUAUCAGAUGGCGAUCCAGUCUAGGGCGAGACAGUAUGUCCCACCUUCAUCUCUGGCCUCGGAGGUCAUAGAGACCAAAACCAGCCGUCCUGUAUCUCAGUCGUGGAGCAGCAUGCGGAGAUCAGCAAUCGACCCCCUGGAGAUGGACCCAGACAUGCAGUCCCUGGGCAGCACCACCUGGCUCUUGGACCAGCGGGAAUCCAACAGGCGCCCCGUCAGCACCAACUCACCCCAGCGUUCAAGUUUCCGGAUACCAAGCUGUGAGUUGAAGGGGAGCAGCCGAUGUGAGCGUGUGUGCGUGUGUUGAGUUAGUGGGCAGAUCAGUGGAAAGAGAUAGAGAGAGAGAAAACGAGAGGUAAGCCUUGCGCAACGUGCAGGGCCAACCAGUACGGACUCUGACAUUUAGAUCUCACUCUGUAUAUCCCCUGCUCCUCCACUGCCCCUGAUAUGAAUCCCAACACACGGACCGAAAGGUAACCUGUUGUCCCACAUCACUGGCUUAACAGGACCUGUUUAUCACUCCUGUCUUGAGAAAGGUCAGUCAGAAAGGUCAAGUCUAUUUCCUGGCCUCCAUGUGACUUUCUGAUCUUGUCAUGUAGGUACUGUAAUGUUUAGAGCACUGUAGACCAUUAAUGAUAUAGACCAUUAAUGAGCAUUUCUAUUGAUUCAGGUCUAUCAGAGAUAGUAACUGUUGGAGUUAAGGGUAAACAGAAAUGUAACAAAAUUGUAGAGAAAAAAAUAACUGUACCAGCAUACAAUGCUUUGCCCAUGUUUGUGGACAGAGUAUAGUUUGUCAAUGAAAAAUGUGAUACUGUUUCAAAUUUCAAAGCAAUAUUAUAUUAAUGAAAU